CUGCACACUAGCUAAUGUAUCCUUCAGGAGAGCCACAAUCUGCCCUGUACGCCUCCACGGGCUCCAUCUGCCAAGUCCACAUCAAAUGGAAUGCCCGGGCAUUUGAUUCCUUGGUACUGCCUCACACACAGCAAGAUCUCAAGCAGCUGAUCCUUGCAUUUGCUGAUGCCCACUCCGAGCACCUCGAUAGCUUUGAUGAUAUUAUUCAAGGGAAAGGCCACGGUAUUAUCAUGCUCCCCAGUGGUCCCCCAGGUGUGGGAAAGACUCCUACCACAGAGAGCGUUGCAGAGGUCACGAAAGUACCUCUUUACGUGCUCAGCGCAGGCGAUCUUGGAACGAGCCCCUCAAAGGUCGAAAAUAGCCUGAAAGACAUCCUUUCCAUUGGUCCAAGGUGGAAUGCUGUUUUCUUGCUUGAUGAAGCUGACGUCUCCAUGGAAGCGCGUAAUACAACCGAUCUGGGACGGAACGAGCUUGUGUCCAUUUUCUUGAGAAUGCUUGAAUAUUACGAGGAAUUCCUCUUCCUUACGAGCAACCGCGCGGAGAAUAUCGACCCUGCCUUCUAA